UUACAUCAAUGCAAAUAAAUUUUGUUAUCAAAUGAUUCCUGAUCAACAUAUAAAUCAUGAUGACAACGAUAUACAUCAUAUCGUUGAAACGGAAAGGGGAUCUGAGUUACUAAAUCAUGUUUCGAUAAACGGAAUCCAAGAAAGGUAAAUUGACAUAUUAUUUAGGGAGAAGAAAGGGAAGCAAUAAAAGGUUAUGUCCAAGUGCUUUUCCUCCCUCUUUCUUUUCCUUUUUUAUUACUUUGCCAUGUCUGUUCAUAACCUUGUAUUGAAUCCUAUUUCUUUUGAUUCGCCCGGAAACCUUUCGUUGAUGGACGAUAAUCAUAGUCACACAUCACGUCGUAAGAAUAGAAAUAGACAAUGUAUGCCCAGUGAUGAUGAAGAGGAUGAUGAGAGGGAGUUGGAGGAAGAGGACGAGGAUGAUGAUGACAAUCGAAAGAUAAAGCAAAUGCCUCUUAGAAAAAGCAUUCAGUUGCCUAGUGAUGACGAAGAAGGUAAUUUUAAUUAACAGAUAUAUUGUGCUUCAUAAAAAGAGAGAAAGUAACAACGAAAUUACAAGAUAAUCAGACACUGGAUACGUUUGUGCACCAUAGCAACCGAUCCG